AUGCAGAGCAGGCCUCGCCGCUUCUCAUCUUCUCAUCGUUUAAGCCUAACGGCGGGAGCCACAGCCUGCCUCUUGAGCAUCCCCGGGAGACUGACCAGAGGCAGCGGCACCCCCCUGGAAACCAGCCGCGUGGAGGGGGGAGACCCGGACCCCCAGCUCUUCAACCUGGACCGGGCUCGGCUGGCCUCACCCUCAUCAUCCUCCAGCAGCGUGAACAGAGCAGCCCAGACCGGAGUCGCCCCACCGCUGCUCACCGCGGCGGGACAGGCGGCGGAAGACCCUCAAAACCAGCCGCUCUCAUUUGAGGCCCCGCUGUUUUAUUUGAAGUCCCCGAACAACGCCGCGCAAGUGGAGCGGCAUCAGCCUGGAUCUCCUUCCCAGCAAGGCCGUCACGGCGGAAGCAAUCGCGAUUCCAGAGACAAAGGCCUGGAGGAAAUGAGGCGCGAGCCCAGAAGGCUACCAAGGAGGGUCACGCACAUCAGCAAGCUACGGGGCUCCCGACUGCGAGGCAACGUGCCACGCUCGGCCAUGAAGAACUACCAAGAUAUGACCCUCUGCGUGGAGACUCGGGAGCCGAGUAAGAUGGAGUUCUGCAACCCCGCCUUCGAACCCGAGGCCGGGCUGCCCACUCUGCCAGGGCCCCUGGGGGAGGCCGGGACCCCCCCUGACACCCGCUGGGAUGGCCGCUCCCACUCGAGACACCAGCCCGACUGUCGGUUUUCUUGGCUCUGCACCGGGUUGCUCUCCGCGCUGCUGCUGCUACUGCUGGGGCUACUGGUCGCCAUCAUCUUGAGCCAGCUGAAGUCGCCAGCCCCAGAUGGGGAGGGGCUCCCCAGCCUGGCCCCCGCCUAUGGACUGGCCAACACCACGGUCAUCAGCAGCCCCCAAGCCCCCUCCGACUCCGAUGCCCAGGGAGAGCUGGGCACCAGCCCCCCGCCACAGCCGGGUUGUGGAGGACUCCUGACGGGCCCGGAGGGCACCUUCAGCUCCCCCAACUACCCGUCCCCCUACCCUCCCAAUGCCCACUGUGUGUGGGUCAUUCAGGUGGCGCCUAAUCGGGUGGUGCAGCUGAAGGUUGAAACGCUGAGCAUGGAGGCCUUGCCUUCCUGCCUCUUUGACCGGCUGGAGAUCGCCCCAGAAGCCGAGGAGUCCCACCUGCUUGGGGGGCCUGUAGUCAGGAUCUGCGGGCAGGUGGCCCCCGCCACGCUCAACACCAACGCCAGUCGUGUCCGUGCCACCUUCGUCUCCGACGGCAGCGUGGAGGCCUCCGGCUUCCGGGCCUGGUAUCGUGCUGUGGUGCCCGGGGAGGGAGGCUGCGCCCAAGGAGAGUUCACGUGCGACCAGCUCCUCUGCCUGCUGCCCACCUCGGUCUGCGACGGCACCUUCAACUGUGCCGACCGGAGCGACGAGGCCGACUGCGGCGGCGGGUUCGUGGACUGCGGCGGGACCCUGACGGAGCUCCGGGGCUCCUUCCACAGCCCCAACUACCCACAGCCGUAUCCGCCCACGCAGGUGGCCCCCGCCACUCUCAACACCAAUGCCAGUCGUGUCCGUGCCACCUUCGUCUCCGACGGCAGCGUGGAGGCCUCCGGCUUCCGGGCCUGGUAUCGUAUAUGCCUGUGGAAGAUCUCAGUGCCCGCCGGGCACAUCAUCGAGCUGACGUUCAACAACUUCAGCCUGGAGGCUGAAGACCAUUGCCACUACGACUUCGUGGAGGUGUACGACAACGUGGGCAUCCACAGCUCUGGCUUCCUGGGCAGGUUCUGUGGUACCCAGCAGCCGCCACCCCUCACCUCCUCCCGCCACGUCCUGACUGUGCUGUUUGUGGCUGACGACGGGCUCGGUGGCUGUGGGUUCUCUGCCACCUAUCAGACCCUGAAUGCCACAGAAAAGACCUGUGGCUCCGAUCAGUUCUCCUGCCAGGAUGGGGCGUGCCAGGAUGCCCAGUGGGUGUGUGAUGGAUGGAAGGACUGCGCCGACGGCAGCGAUGAGUUCAACUGCAGCAGCUACCGUUCCUACCAGCCCCUCGAGUCCGUUUGCGAGCCCAUCCAGGUAGAGGUGUGCCAGGGUCUCAGCUACAACGGCACGGCCUUUCCCAGCGUCUGGAUGUCUCUCCCGGACCAACAAGGGGCGGUGAACGUGCUCAGAGACUUCACUAGCCUCGCCGACCUGGCCUGCUACCAGCCCUUCCGGCGGUUCCUGUGCGGACUGUACGUGCCGCGCUGCGUCCCGGGCGAAGGGGUCCUGCCUCCCUGCCGCCCAGUGUGCCAGGAGGCCGAGUGGCACUGCCAGCCUACCCUGGAGCUGCUGGGUCUCCCCUGGCCCUUCAACUGCGACAAGGCUGCCCGUCCUUCUGGAUCUCCACUGGCCAGUCCUCAGCCCCACCCGGUAGCCUGA